AGAUAGCUGGUCGUGUUUGGUAGUGUUAAUUUAUUGUCCUUGCACGUAGUUUACUUUUUACCUUUUACUUUGUUGUUAUUUUAAAGAUUUAUUUUAAUAUAUUUCCCAGUAAUUCAUAGGGCUUUGGAAAUGUCCAGAUCAUAGUGACAGAUUGUAAAGAAAUAGCUUAAAACGUUUACCAUCAAAUAAAUGAAGAGCCCGGCCAUGUGACAAACCUCAGUUCUAAAACACAGGAAGUAUGGUGUGAGAUGGCGCAACACCAAGUAUCCUCCCUAGGUGACGCGUGAUCAGACUUGUCUUAACGUGUUAGACGGCUCCACAUCCCUUUCCUCGCCAAACACGAGGAGUCUGUUGCAGCCAUCACCCACAGUGCUCUAAAGGCAGAGAGUCAACUACACGACAUCAUCAUGGGUCUUGGCUUCGGGCAAUCGGAGAAAGAUGAAAAUGGUUCACCACAAGAACAUGGCAGUAAAGAAAAACAACAGGAUGAUGAUGUACGCGACACACAACAAAAUUUGGAUACAUAUGUCUGUAGCCAGCCCAUACCCCAGCCUCAACACACAAGGACGCCAAAGCGCCCUUAUGUAGAUGAGGAUGAUUCUGAAAGCCAACAGAAGCGGCUAUGUAUGAAUAACACAGAUCAUCCAGAUGUUCAGCAGCAUUCUACUAAUCAGAAUGGUAGUACAGGUACUGGCAAUACGUCUACUUCACCAGAAUGGAACAUUCCUUCAGGAAUGUUAGAGAGAGAGGUACAGGAUAGUGAUGGUGGUGGUAGUGACACUGACCACACCGAGAAUGCUUCACAGCCACCUCAAGCACCCAUAAAUGAGUAUGAGAGUGUAAUGGCCACAUCUUCACCACAGCAGACAAACCCCAGUGCUUACCAAGACACUGAUGAAAGGAUUCUAGAUUUGUCACCUGAGGAGAUUAUAGCUGCCUUAGGGCUAAAUGGGACCAUAGACAUCCCAGGUAUUCCCUUUUAUCAGGAAGAUUCUGGGGAGGAAAUGACGGAGCCAGAAUUUUUCGGCGAAUUUAUCCGAUACAGUACUAAAUUUUCUGGUUAGUUACCUUUAUCCUGGGGAAGAAACUCAGUCAUUUAACUCUCCUUUUUUGGUUCAAAUGGGGUGGAUUUUGUUUGAUCUUAUUUGCUAUCUCAAGCUAAAUAUGCAUAUCUAUGAUUUUUUAUUUAUUUUAUUUAUUUUUUAAGUCUCACACGCAAUAAUUGGUAGGAAACGAUUCUCAUAUUCUGUUUUACAAAUUAAAAAUUUCCAUUUUGAGAAACGUAAGACGGAAUACUUUACCAUUAUUAUUAUUAUUUUUUUUUUUUUUUAUUAUUACCUGGGUAAAGAUUCAUUAUUUGCUCACUACUGUAUUAUUAAAGCAGUAUAGUACAGUGCAGGUAUAUUUUACAGAAAUAAAAGACAGUUUUUAUCUAUGAAAUUAUGAGUCAGAAUAGGGAAAAAGUGUUCUGGAACAACUACAGUACAUAUAUUUUUAAAAGAAAACCAAAGAAUUGGCAGAGGAAAAUAUUAUCAAUUGGCAGUGAAGAAAUUGCUCUUAACUCUGUGUAAGAGAGGGAGGAUACUCUACUGUACUGUUAUCUGAGAGCUGUCAUCUCGUAGUGUUUAAGGAACCUUACCCCCAGGUGCCUGCCCCUGCAAUAAUGAUUCCCAUGUACUACACAUGAGUGUCAUUGAUGCUUAUUCUAGUGUGAAUUAAUUUAGGUAAAGAUAAGCACGCUAUGCAUACGGCAUUACUAUGUGUGCAGCAUAACAUUCCCAGUAAUUCGUUUAGUCAGAAUUCUGACUAUUAUCAGGGAAUGCAGUAGUAGAAUACAUUAUUAACUGCAGUAUACAAUUACAUAUUACUGCACAGUACUACAGUAUAUACAAAUUGGUACUGUAUUUCUAAAUUAUUCUCUUCAAAUACAAGUGUAAUAAGUGCAGGUAGUAGAACCAUUAGAACAAUAAUCCUGCCUAAAAAACUGUACUAUCUCCAGAAAAGUGACAGAUACUUGCAAAAGAAUGUUACAUUACCAUAAUCAUUUCCUUCCCAAAUAUAAUCUAAUUUGUGUAGACAUGUACUUGUCAACUCCAGAUUACAGUGUUAACUCAUGUGCAACAUGUGUCUUCAAAUAAUAUUAAUACUAUAGAGUACAGUACAGUUAAGCCCUGACUUAUAUCUGCCAAUUUACCAUCAUAUUUUGAAUCAUUGUGUCUUGGACCUUUAAUGUUAAUUCACUUAAUGCUAUAAAUUGAUGUAAAUAGAGCAAAUAAUACAGUAACAAUCUAC